AUGGCCACGACUGACAAGUCCCCUAAGCAGAGUCAGUCCAGAGCCUUACCCUCGCGCGGUGGUCAACAAGACGAAAGUGAUGGGUCUUCCUCCGAGACCGACUCUUCACUGGUGAGUGCGGGUGCAGCCUCAGCCUCAGCCUCGGCGUCUUCUCCGCAGAACGUGAAAAGUCCUGCUCAUCGCAUCGAGGCUCCGGGCAGCGUUCAGGCUGUUGCCGUCGACGACGAUGUACUUUUUGCCGGUGUCCAGGGUGGCAGUAUCGUCGCGUGGUCGCUCGAGACUUAUGAGCGCCUGGCUACUGUACCGGCCCACAAAGAAAGUGUCCUAGGACUGGCUUUGUCGGACGACAGAUCGCUCCUCUUCUCAACCGGUGCUGAUUCUGUUGUCAAUGUCUGGUCAACUCAGACACUGCAAAGAUUGUACUCGUUGUACUCUCAUUUCGAGAUUGGCGAUGUCUUCUGCAUUGUUCACUCGACCAAGAAGCAGACCCUCCUUUGGGGUGCUCAAAAUUCCAGUCUUCAAUGGCAUCGACUUAGUACGGAUGCAACCAUCAAGUCUCCAACUGCUGCAUUCUCGCCUGGCUCGAGGAAACAUCGAUUCUUUGACUCGUUAGGCCCAGGAGGAAGUGUCAACGUCAUCUCUGACGAGGAUGGCACGGCGGGUUUACUCAGCGACCUGGGCGGACGUGCCUUGACCAUACCAAGUCGCAACUAUCUCCCAUACGCUCACAAGAGCUAUGUCUACUGUAUGCUUCUCAUCAAGGGACUCUUCACGCAUGAUCGGGAAGAGGAAGUUCUUGUCACUGGCGCUGGAGAUGGCACGAUCAAAUUAUGGUCCCUGGAUUCCUUAGGUACCGAAGGUCUGGUACUGAUCAAUAAAUUCAAGAACACUGGUUCAAACGUACUGAGCCUGUCCUACAGAGGGUCAUUUCUGUAUGCUGGCUUAUCUGAUGGCGUUGCUAACGUCUAUAAUCUCGCCUCGAAUCAAUUAGUUCAAAGACUACAGAUCGGUCAUGGGGAUAUCAGCCAGAUUCUGGUCAGCACAGAUAGUAUUCUAUGUGGCACCAGUCAGGGUCUCGUCAAGAGAUACAACGACCACUUCGCCCAGACUGAAUGCUGGAAGGCAGCAGAUGGAAAAAUCCUGGCAAUGGGUCUCACUACUACUGAGGCGGGACAUGAGAACCUGAUUACAGGAGGGAAUGAUCGUAUCGUCUCCUUCUGGGAUGCUGAUGGUGGACCUCACGCGGCGGCUGCUUCAGCAACUCGUAGCAAUGAUGAACUUGUGAACACGCUCAGAGAGUUCGUCGCUUAUCGUACUGUCGCUGCCAAUCCGACCUGGGUGCGAGACUGCCACGAUGCCGUGACAUUCCUACGCAAGCGGUGCAAUGCAUUCGGAGCCACAACCACCCUCCUGUCACCCACUGGACAAGAAGGUGUUAACCCCGUGCUGCUGGCCAAAUUCUCGGCCUCGAAGCCAUCGAGAAACACUCGGACCGUACUAUUCUACGGCCACUACGACAUCGUCGACGCCGAGUAUGAUUCCGCCAAUCUCAGUUCGACGUGGAACCACGACCCCUUCACUCUUCAAGCACUAAGUGGUUUCCUGUACGGACGAGGAGUGACAGACAACAAAGGCCCCAUUCUCGCCGCCAUCUACGCCGUUGCGGAUCUCGUCCAGCAAAACUCCCUCUCAUGCAACGUGACAUUCCUCCUUGAAGGCGAAGAAGAAGCCGGCUCGCGAGGACUGCGACAGACCGUACAAUCAGCCCACGAAGCCAUCGGACCCGUUGACUUCAUCCUUCUCUCCAAUAGCUACUGGCUAGAUGACCACAUCCCGUGCCUGACAUUCGGGAUGCGCGGUGUGAUCCACGCGUCCGUCACCAUCAACUCCAACAAACCCGACCUACACAGCGGCGUUGAUGGUAAAUCCGUACAGCACGAACCGCUGAAAGACCUGACCGUCCUACUUGCCACACUGAUCGGCCCGUCCGGCACAAAGAUCACCAUCCCAAACUUCUACGACACGGUCGACGACCUCUCGGACGACGAGGCCAAGGCUUACGCCGCAAUCACGUCCUCUCUCCUCCCAGGCCACCCAGAGAUCAAGAACGAGAAAGCCUUCGCCCUCUCCCUGAUGCAGCGUUGGCGCUACCCCAACCUGACAGUCCACCGGAUCGAAGUGCCCGAGGCCAAAGCAGCCGUGACAAUCAGCGGGUCCGCAAAAGCAACGAUAUCCAUCCGCAUCGUGCCAUCCCAGACGGCCGAAGAGAUCGCCAAUGGUCUGAAAACCUACCUCGAAGCGCAAUUCGCCCGGCUCCAGAGCGCCAACACCAUCGAUGUAGACAUCCGCUCCAAAGCAGACCCCUGGCUCGGCAACACUCAAAGCGAGAUCUACACGGCGCUGAGAUCCGCCAUCGUCGACGUGUGGAAUCCCGCCGGGGGUGGCACAUCUUCACAGCGGUCCUUCCCCAUCCCAAUCACAUCCACCACCAACACAUCUUCCAUCUCCUUAUCCUCCACCAAACAACAAAAACAACAACCACAACCACAACCCACACCACCACACGCCCCCACGCGGCCCUCACAACGACGGGCCUCGACGCUCGAAUCGGCAGGCAGUUUCACGGCGUCGAAUCUGCCGCGCCAACCGCUGCUGAUCCGUGAGGGCGGCUCGAUCCCGGCCAUCAGCUUCCUCGAGCACGAGUUCGACGCCCCUGCCGCCAUGUUCCCCAUGGGCCAGGCGAGCGAUAAUGCGCACCUGGACAACGAGCGCAUCCGCGUCGAGAAUCUCUACAAGGGGCGAGAGGUGCUCAAGAGGGUUUUUGCAGAGUUGUGA